AUGACUCAAGAGUAUUGCUUGCAGGUGCUCAACAACAAUAUUGAGGUUGACGGCGAGUCUGCCGCUGAGGCGUCAUCUCAGCCAUCGGCCAAGCGAGUCAGACUGUCGUCACCGGCCUCCGACAACAUCAAGCCCGUCUUCGGACACCUCGACGUCGCCUUGAAUACCGACGACUCUGGAGAUAUAACCGUCAAUAUUAGCAACACUAGACGCCUUGGAAAGCCCGUGAUCGAUCAUAUCUCGGAUGAGACUUUCGCUUUUCAUGGAUCACGUCAGCAAGUCCAUGCCAUGAUUGACAGAAUUCUCGACUACAGCGGGAAUGCCAUCAUCACAGGCAUUGUGAGCCUCCGACCCGAUACCAGCGAAGUAGCACCCCAGUUCAAGACACCUACGACAACCAAAGUCGUGGAUUUGACAGCUACAGUCAUAGAACCACGCAUACCUACAGUCGAGAGUCCGGCGACGUUUGCUGCUACGGAGACAAAGACAUCUCCCAGUAAGAGGCCAUCGACACCUGCGGUCACCCACGAGUCUCAGCAGACACCCAAAGUUCCCAGCAUCCCCAAGCCAUUUGCGCCGCAGAAUUCAUCGCUUGUUCUCUCUCGGGGUCAGCUGAAGACUGCGUGGAAAGACCGGAUGUUUGGUGGACGGCGGACCAUAAAGUUACAGACCCUGCUGAAGACAUUCCCCGAGAACAACCGUCCGAAUCCUUCUGUGGAGUGCAUGGUGCUUCAGAAUUUAGCUGGAAGGAAGCCUGACAUAAUGGUCGACGAACUCGAAGACGCUGCACAUGCUUUUAUGCUUAAAAUCUUCAAGCGUAACUUGCAGAAGAACAUCCCCCGAAUCGGAGAGGAUUGGAUGCAUUUCCAGAUCUGGAGACAACUUUGGUUUUACCCAGAUGGCGUUCAAAAGGCCAACUUCCCUUGGGCUGAGAUGGAACCCAAGUCGUAUUCUGAGGGCAUUCCCGGCCCAGCUUACGCGUGGGUCAUCAAGCACAACGGGGUUGGGCUUGGCGAAAUUUUUUCUAGUCUUCAAUUGACACCGCGAAAGACUGGUAUGAACAUGGCUACGAGGUUCAGCAAGUCAAUCACCAAGCGCGAGGUUCUCGUCUGCCUGACUGUGAUCCGGUACUUCAUCAUGGCUUUUCGCUCUUCAUGA